UCCCCCAUCUUAGCGUUUCCAUGAAGUCCUUAAAACUCAUUCCAGCAAAUCCAGACCAUCCGCUGAGCCAUAUUUAAUAUUUAUUUUCCCUCGUCUUACUCCCCACACCACUUGAUGACAAUCACAGGCUUCAAUUGAAAAAACGUCCCUUUUUUUCUUCUCAAAACCCAUGCAUGAAACCAUUAAUUCAUUAGCCUCCGGCAACUUCCCUAUCCUCCACGAAAUUUAACUCAGCCAUCCACCUCUGUUCACCUCCACUCCUUCAAAUUCCACGCACUGCCCACCAACCAGAGCGAGAGUUAUAUCCAGAUCGAAUAUCAUAUGAUGGCUUCGGAGCCCAAAUCAUCGACGAAGAGCUCUGGAUGCGGUGGCGGCGGAACCGGUGCUGCGGCAGGACUGCGGCCGCCGGAACAGGGGCUGAAAUGCCCGCGCUGCGACUCGCCGAAUACCAAAUUUUGUUAUUAUAACAACUACAGCCUCACUCAGCCUCGCCAUUUUUGCAAGAGCUGUCGCCGUUACUGGACUAAAGGCGGCGCCUUGCGCAACGUUCCCGUCGGCGGCGGAUGCCGGAAAAAUAGGAAGUCAAAGUCUUCCUCCUCCUCUGCUUCCUCAUCCUCCUCCUCUCUGCUCCCUCUAAACCUCCCAGAGCCCGGCAAAGCGCUCACACAAACCGCGAUGGAUCUCUUCCUCCCCUUCUCCUUUGGUGCCAACGCAGCUACUUCCAUGGGAGGCCUCAGUUACAAUAGCAGAAACAGCAAUUACGGCAGCAUAGCUUCUUCGAUCGAGUCUCUGAGCUGCAUAAACCAAGACCUGCAUUGGAGGCUUCAGCAGCAGAGGAUGCAGUUGUUGUUUGGAGGGGAAUUAGGUGAGAGGGAGAACGUUGUCUCUUUCGUGAACAACCAAGUAGUGGAGCCCAGCUGUUUGGGAAUGGCAGAGAACAGCAAAGGUGAUAUUUUUGGUGACAGCUCUGGCGUUAAUGGGACCCGGAAGACUUCUGAAACAGAGACAGCUUGGUUUCUCGAUGGUUCAUUUGCCAUCCCACCUCCUCCUACAAUCAACACUGACGUCGAUAUGAAUAACGCCAAUUCUGUAAGUGAUUGGAAUGGGAUUUCGGGUUGGAGUGAUGUGCACAACUUCAAUUCUCUGCCCUAGUUCUCCAAUUUAAUAUUUCAAGCUUUUAAUCAAAACAGACUUUCAAGUGAGUCCAUACAUAUAUAAUUUAUAUGCUGUUUUUGGUGGUUUGAUUUGUUUAUGGAU